AUUUUGUAAACAUGUGUUUUCGUGUCCUGCGAAUCCUGCGAAGAAAAUCUCUCGGGAAUCAGUGGAAAGUGGGGAUAAUUCCUAGUGAAUGCUAGGAAUAAGUAGCGGAGAGACACCUCCGCGACGCCUGACAGCCCGCAACGCCUCUUUUCCGGACGCCGAAGAGAGAUCUUCUAUAUAAGCUGGCCAGACUAUUCAUUUCUCAAUCAGUGUCGCUUCGAGUACAUAAGAGACUCGACAGUGCUUGUCUGAGAUCGCGCGCCUGCAGUCGCGAAUUCACGCAAUUUCACGCAGUCACGAGGCGUCCCGGAUCAGCAGUUAAUCGGUCAGCAAGGCAAUCCAUCGUCCACGCAUGAGAAACUACAAGAGAAUCCUCAACUCCAUAAGGCACACCUCGUCUGAUCACUUCUCGGAAAGCUCCGCCGCCAGCGUUCACAUUUGAGUCAGGAAGCGUUUUUCCUCAGGCUUGUCCAGGAGCAUCGAGCAGUGCGCUGGAGAGUGUCAACAGCUAAGAUCAGCCUUUCACUGUACACUUUGGACCGUGUGUGUGCCGAGAAGCACUCCCGGAGCGCAGAUCCUGCAGAAUAUAGCUGAGGAGAAUUGAGAACCAAACUAAAAUAGAGCGUGAGAUCGCAGUGGAAAGAGUCAUUGGGUCAUCAACCUGCUGAGUGAAUCUCCAAGAAGCCCCACUGUUUUGGCGUGCGCGCAGAAAUUGGGCCACAAUCUUCUGAAACUUGUGAGUGUCGCAUUGAGGGUGAACAUCAUGGCUCCCAUUGCAACAGUGUGCGAAGAGCAGCAGACUGCAUCGUCAGAUGUGUCCUCAGCCGCUGUGCCAAAUGGAUUAGAUGAAUCACCUCUGACUGUGUCUGGACAUCAAGCGGGUCGCAGCAUUAUGCCGUGCGUGUUGAGUGCCCCACUCGUUGUCACUCUGGUGGGCUUGCCGUGUCGCGGCAAGUCAUUUGCCGCCCAUCGCAUUGCGCGUCACUUGAACUGGCGAGGAGAAUCGGCCAAAGUCUUCACCGUGGACGAAGCGGCAACGCCUGAGACUCUGAAGGAGAUUUUGGCACACUUCCAGAGCGGCAAUAAUGUGGCCAUAAUCGAUGGCAUGCAUCUCACGCGACAGUCUCGCCAGGCGGUUUCGGCCUUCUGCAGCGACACAGCCUCGCAUCACAUCCUGGUGGAGAUCUCGUGUGACGACGUGGAGGUGACGGACAACAUGGAGCGCACGCUCACGUUCUAUGAGAAGCGCGACAAGAGCACGGACUGGCGCCAUGUGAUCCAGGAGAAGGUGCAUCGCCAUCUGGAGGAGUACGAGCCUUGCAGUGCCGCCGAGGCGCCGCUGAUUGCCGUCAGUGCGUCGGCGAAUCCCGCCCUGCACGCCGUGACGGCCAGAGGCAUUCAGGGGGCGCUGCAGACCGUGAUCCUGGGCGUGCUGGCGAGUCCGCUGAUCAAGGAGCACGUGUUCUAUUUCACGCGCCACGGCGAGAGCAAGUUCAACAUGAUGGGCCGCAUUGGUGGCGACUCAGGGCUGUCUGAGCGGGGCGCCAAGUAUGCCGAGCGUCUGGCCAUCGCGUGUCCGGCGCCCAAGCUGAUCUGGACGUCUGAACUGGAGCGCACGAUCGCCACGGCGAGAGCCAUUCCGGGCGCCAGGACGGCGCUGAAGGAGCUGAAUGAGAUCAACGCGGGGAUCUGCGAGGGGCUGACGUAUGAGGAGAUCCAGGAGCGCUUCCCGCAGGAGUUCGCGUGGCGCGACCAGGACAAGCUCAAGUAUCGCUAUCCGCACGGCGAGAGCUAUCUGGAUCUGCUGCAGCGCGUGGACAACGUCAUCCAGGGCCUCAUCACGGCGUCCGAGGUGCUGGUGGUGUCGCACCAGGCCGUGCUGCGCUGCAUCAUGGCCUACUUCAUGGGCACCACGCCGGAGGAUGUGCCCUACAUCAAUGUGCCACUCCACACGCUGCUCGUCGUGCGAUCGCGCGGCUACGAGUUCGAAGUGGAGCCGAUUCCGCUGAAGGUGGAGUGCGUGGACACGUACAGAGUGCAGCCGCAGAAUUGCUCACCCGGACGCACCGAUGCUGACGCUCUGCAGACUGUGCCGGCACACUUUGAUGCUCCUCUGCCUCAGGUGAUCAACUGAAGGCGCGCAGAUGAUGGUCAAUUUUAUGCAUUUAUGCACACCUUUUGCAUAGUAAUCCCCCCCCCCCCCCAAAACUUAUCUCACACAAAUUUAUUAACGACAAAAAAAAAGCUCCUUUCUAGUGUCAAAAAUUUCGAUAGGAAUUCACACACAAACACACACAGCAAAAGUUAACAGGGCAGAAUAGGAAAAAAGAAAGAAAGAAAGAAAGAAAAAGGAAGUCUUCUCUAGAGUAAAAAAUAUUGAUUGAAAAAUUGAGAUCACACGAAAAAAAAAAGUAUUCAACUGCCAGGUUAAUCCCAGGGAUAACAUUUUGCACAUGUUGAGAGAAAUGCAAUUAAAAAAGGAACAAAAAUAAUGGCGAAAAGAAGUGGGAGAGAAAAUUUAGGCAUUAAGGAUUAUUAAGGAAAGGCGAAAAGCAUCGACUUUUUUUACACAUGCAAUCCAUGCAAUAGUUUGUAUAGAGAUUUUCCAUUUAGUGUUGCCCUGCAGAAGGAGAGCGCGCGUCCCUUAAUUUUCUAUAAUAAUAUCCCUUUUGUUAUAAUGCUUUUUUAUUCACAUUUUAUAUAUAUAUAUAUAUAUAUCUUUAAUGAAUAUAUACUAUUGUAGAGGAUAAUAAUAAUGAUGAUGAGGAGGAGAAGGAAAAAGUGUCAACCAUUACAAUUGAACCGUAGAUCUGUAGGACAUUUUUGACAUGUUACUAAUUACCUAUGUUAUGUGAUAUAUAUUUUAUUGAGGAGGAAAAGGAGAAGGAGAGAAAAAAAUGCGGAGCAAACAAAAUACGGAAAGCAAUGUGAAGUGUUUUCAUCAUUGACUAUCAUUGGCUUGUAUUACUUAUUUUACACACGAAGGAGUUCUUUUCUUUGUAAUGUUAAGGACAAAAUUACGUAUAUAUAUAUAUAUAGAUAAGUUUUAAUAAAUAUAUUCUAAGGAAAA